ACUAAGGAUAGCGCCUGUGUCAAAUUAAAAUCAAAUAAAUUUUGUCAAAAUAGCAAUUUUUCAAUUUUUUUUUAUGCAACUCAUUUUUAUAAAUACUGUAAUUAUAAAUUCAGUAUAUUUUCUGUUAUUGUUAUAUAUCUUAAUUUAAAAAUUACAUGCCUAUUUAUGAUUACUUACGAUAUAUAGGUUACGGAUUAUUUUUUGUUAACAAUGGAAGCUGAUUCUACGACAUACGAAAAUAACUCAAAGACUGCACAAGAUGAUGAUUCCUUCCCGUUUUCAGUAUGCCCAGGAAAUUUCAAACUUUAUAAAGAGUUCACAUGUAAUAAUGGAGAGAAACAUUUAGAAAGUCAAAUAGUAGAGAGAUUGCAAAAUUUUGGUCUCCUUCCAAGAACUGUUCAGUGUCCUGCGGCUUUACCAGAGUGCAAAGUUGUAUGUAAAACAGCCAGAGUUAUAGACAAGGUCCAGUGGGUAUGUCAGGGUUGUGGAAAGAAGCAACCAAUCCGAAUGGGUUCCUUCUUCUUGAAACUCCAGUGUUCAAUAUUACAGACAUUACAGAUGGUUCUGGCAUGGUGUGAGGAUGCAGAUUGCGAUGUUGCUGCUGAAUAUUUUAAAGUAAAGCCAAAAAUAGCAAACCAUAUCUAUGACAGAUUAGAAGAGUUGGCUGUAUUAGAACAGAGCAAAUACAUCCUCGGUGGAGAGAAUGCCGUGGUGUUGGCUGAGAUGUAUCCGGAUUGUUUAAAUCGAUUGUCACCAGACACUACGGAUCAACCGCACGUACAUCGCAUAUUAAUGCUUGCCGAUACUAAUCAUAUUCCUACUCACUACCAACUACAUGUCAUAAAAGAAGAUUUAAAGAAGAAUUCAGUCAGCUCCUUAGACAACCAGUCACUGACAGCUGAAAUAGAAGCGGUAGUGUCGCGCGUGACAUCGCCGCAGUCGCUGCUAGUGAGCGGUAGCAGCGUACCGCAACUCGCCGGCGCCUGCUCCGUGCAACAGUUGUUGCAGCACUGCGACCCAGAUAUGCAACAUUUCUUAAGCACACGAAUUUGGCGGCAAGCAGUCUCCCUGUGUGCCGCGUCCCGUGAUUUUUGUUCGGAGGCAGCCAGCAGCGGGAGCACAGGCGCAUGCGCCACUUUUGUCCAACGUUACCUUCACGCCGCCCUCUACAGGUUGAAACAUGAUGAUGGUUUCUAUCAUCAUUUGUUGACAGUCAUUGCAAAUCAGUAUACAGAUAAAUAAUCUGUAUAAAUAUGCUGAAAGGAGUUUUUGUGGAUAAAACUAAAUACAGUUCGAAAAAAGGGCAAUCAGCAUUACAUGUCUAUGCAUGAUUGAUUCAAUAACAAGUGUUGCAUAUUUACUUAUAAAUGACCAUGCUGACAAAUUUAGUUUUAAAUAAAUUAACAAAUUGAAGAUUAUGUCCUGUAAGGAUGAAUUUCUCUUAUACUUUCUAUCUAUUCUAGCACCAACAGUAUUAAAAGAAAGCAAUGAUAUUAAGUUAUCAUUAUAUAGAAAUUGUAAUGUACAAAUGUUUCAAAAUAACUUAGUAUUAAAGUGUGUUAUUUCUUACUAUUGGAAUUUACAGAGAUAUUAUUCUAUUUGAUGUACUUUUAAGAACUUUUAGAAGAUAGAAGAAUUAUAUAGUGCCUUAUUUGAUAUUACGUCUUCCGAAGUGCCUCAAAGAAUUUUAUUUUGUGUUAAUAAAAAUAAUGUUUUUAUUUUGGUUGUUAACUUUUUUUUUAUUGGUUGAUAAAAUGAAGAACGUGUUCUCAAUUAUUUAGCACAGAGUUAUUUGAAAUCGUUAACGUUUUAAUAACAUUGAUAAAUGCAUUUAGCACAAAUUUGUCUUCCUACGAAGCAUCUUUCGAUUAUACAGUAUGUUAAUUAACGAAACCCAUUUCUUAAAACUAGUGUUAUUUUAAUUCUUGAAAAAAAAGCCACAGACAGCCCUCUAUGUCGAGGCUGUUUUGACGCCGAAGAAACGGCUGUUCACGUAAGCCUGGAAUAUGAAGCUAUGGUCCCUCAACGUUUAGAAAUCCCCGGAACGGCCGCUCCGUGAGGCCUGUGAAGAUCCCAGGAAGCUUCUGUGCUUCUGGGCGGAGUUGGAUUGACUGUAAUAGUCAUGACUCAUACGCACAAUGGACCAAAUUAGAGGCUAAGCGCGGAAAAUGGAGUCUAAUUUACAUUUCUUGAAAAAAAAACGAAAUCACCUCUACCUACAUUAACGUUACAAGUUCAAGGUAUAUAUGUAGUUAUUAUAUUAUGUAGUUAUUGAUACAGAUACUGUUUUUUUUUAUAAUUUUAAAUUACAUUUUUAAUUAUAAGGAUUUUAUUUCUAGGAAUUAGAGAUUCUAAGAAUAAAUAUUUUUCUAAGAUCCUAUUAAUGAAUAAUAAACACUCGUAAGAGGGCGGAUGUCGUAAGAGGCGACUAAGGGAGGGCAAGGGAUGGGCAGUAACGUCCCUCUUUAAACAUCUCUAAAAGCCUAACUGCGGUUGCCAACCCGCCUGUCAAGCGUGCUAACUACUGGCAAGACACCCCUAAUGGGGAAGACUUAUGUCCAGCAGUGGACAGUUAACGGCUGAAAUAAUAAUAAUAAACACCAGUUUUAAUGAAUGGGUUUCGUUAAUUAAUAUAUAGAUUAAUAAAAUAUUUUGUGUGUAUGUCAGUCUAUUACUACUAACAAUGUCGGAUCUGUACCUAAUUCAGUUGCAUUACACAUUUGAAUUUUUAAAGAAAGACAGAUGAAGUUUAUUUUUUUUCUAUUUGCAACUGUUGUAACAUCCUAAUUUUCACAUCGAUAUAAAAUGAAUAAAUCAUAUUUGUUGCUGUGCUAGCAACUUAGUGUGAUUUCUCUGACGUUUAUUUUUAUAUAGAUAUAAGUAUUUUAUUGAUAUUAAACCUGCUUUAUACUAUUAAGUUACUUGCAUAUGAGUGUUUGAGUUGUAGCGUGUAAACGGUAACUUUCACAUAAUAAGUAGCUGCUACUAGCUUCAUAAUGAUUUUAUAUGCGAUCCUCUCGCACACAAUUGUUAUUAAAAUACUUUGAGUAUUUUAGUAUCUAAUAUAAACUAGGUCUUAAGUAAGUAAAAUUUGAAAAUAUUAUUUUGUAAAGCGUUUAUAUAAUUAACUGAUAAUAAGUUAGUUAUUUGAUAUAUUUUCAUGUUGUCAUAAAAGGUUUGUCCAUUUUUUUUUUAACUGUUGUCGUUACUAAGUAGCAUCUAUGGUCUGUUUUUUAUUUUAUUUUGUAGUACACUGUGCACAAUUUUGUUAUAACUGUAGAACUGGUUUUAAAACAAUGAUUAUUUUGUUUAUGGUUCUUUUACAGUGAUGAUAUUGAAGAAUAUAAUUACCUGUUAAAUCAAAAGUCAAUAAUUUAGUAUUGACUUUUAAGUCGAUAUAACAUCAAUUCUAUUGGCGCCUUCUUAAUUAUCAUAAUCACAUAACAUCAAUUGUUUAGCUUUUUUUUUACGGUGCAAUAUCGUAUGAUUGCCACAUUGCUGUUUUAUUAGAUAUUUCAUAGUACCUGUUUGCGUAUAGAACAUUUUUUUAGCCUCUCGAAAAGAAGGUGGAUAUUUAUCUUGGUGGUGUUUAUCUUUGCUAAUUUUGAAUCAAUUUUGAUUAUUUCUUUUUACCCAAAAGUUUAAUUUCACGUUGUUUUGGAACAAGCCACACGCAUGCAGUAAAUAAAUGUAUACUAUAACCACAGUGCAAUGAACAACCAGUGCUACCAUUUUAUACACAUCUCAUCUGAGUCAAAAAGGUUUAUUUUGAACAAAACACGACUGGAUUUGUAUCUUACAAUGCAAUUUAUAUUUUAUUUCUAAAUACCUAAUGUAAUUAAAAAGAUUAAAUAUAAUCACAUUUCAAUUAUAUAGUAUAUUUUAAAAUCUUAACAAAUUAUAUUAAUAGUACGUAGUGAGACGCCAGAGUAGUCCAAAGCUUUUAGAAUUGUCAGAACGAUUCAAUAGUUGACAAUUUGUGACUUAAUGUUGUGUCAGUUGGACUACUGGUAAAAAAUAUUCUAUAAACUGUGAUAAAACUCGGCCAAUAGCUAUUUGUCAUCAUAUUAUUAUAAAAUACAUUUGUAAACUGAAUUUCCGAUAUUUUGUUUUCUAUAUCUAUUUUAAUAAAGACCUGUAAUUUUUGCAUAUAUUUAAAAUUAAUAUUGUUUCAAAAUGACAAUAAAUAAAAAUAUAUUAUAUGA